AUGGCCAACCGCGUGGCGAUCCUUGAGAAGCACGUGCUGGCAAGUGAUGCCGCCGUCUCCGGUGGCCUCGAGAUGCGCGGCGUCGCAAGCGCCGAGGAUGCCGACUUCGAUGCCCGCGUGGCGGCCAUGAAGACCUGGAUGGGUUCGGAGCGCUUCAAGCACACCACCCGCCCCUACAAGGUGGAGGACGUGGUGAAGCUCCAGGGCACCAUGCCCAUGUACUUCAACGGCGCCAAGGUCUCCGACAAGCUUUACAAGAUGCUCAGGGACCACCAGGCCAAGGGAACCUGCUCCCACACUUUCGGAGCCCUCGACACCGUUCAGGUGACGCAGAUGGCCAAGUACCUGACCUCGGUGUACGUCAGUGGAUGGCAGUGCUCUUCCACGGCCUCUACCUCUAACGAGCCCGGCCCGGACGUGGCAGACUACCCCUACGACACCGUGCCCAACAAGGUGGACCAGCUCUUCCGUGCCCAGCUCUUCCAUGACCGCAAGCAGUACGAGGAGCGCAGGCGCAUGUCCUCCGACGAGCGCUCAAAGGCGCCCGUUGUCGACUACAUGAACCCCAUCAUCGCGGAUGCGGACACCGGCCAUGGCGGCAUCACCGCCACCAUGAAGCUUGCGAAGAUGUUCAUCGAGAACGGUGCCGCAGGCAUCCACAUCGAGGACCAGAAGCCUGGCACCAAGAAGUGCGGCCACAUGGGCGGCAAGGUCCUCGUCUCCACGCAGGAACACAUUCAGCGUUUGAUCGCCAUCCGGCUACAGGCGGAUGUGCUGAACUCGCCUCUGGUCAUAGUGGCACGUACAGAUGCCGAGGCGGCGACCAUGAUCGACUCCAACAUUGAUCCGGUCGACCAUCCCCACAUCAAGGGUGCCACCGUCAAGGGUGUGGAGACCCUCUACGAGGCCAUGCGCAAGGGCACCGACAAGGACUGGGAGCAGCGAUCCGGCUGCAUGACCUUCCCGGAUGCC